AUGCGCGCCCUGCCAGCCCUGGACGCGCCCCCGAGCGAGCGCCUCCUGUCCCGGGACUCCGGGGCCCCCCGGGCCCAGGACCCGGCGGGGCCGACGCGCAGGAGCGCGGUGGAAAGGCUGGCAGCCGACCGCUCCAAGUACGUGCGGGGCCCGCCGGGAGCCGGCCCAGGCCCGGCUUGCGAGGGCAGCGGCCCCGGGGCGAGCGAAGGGCAGGCGGGCGACCCUCGGCCCCCGACGCGCGUCCCCGGUGCGGCGGCGCGCAGGGCCAUAGCGCGGAAGCCGCUGAGGCCGGACUCGCUGGUUAUCUACCGACAGAAAUGCGAGUUCGUCCGAGGGUCGGGAGCCGACAGCCCCAGGGGAGGCCUGGUGAAGAAGCUCUUCCCGGGGCCGGGCAAGGACAAGACGCCGGGGUCCCCCGGCACGUCCCGGGUGGGAGAGGAGGGCGGGGCCGGGGCCCAGGAGGCCGCGCCGACCGAACCCGGCCCCGUCGUGGCUCCCGCGGUGCCAGGGCCCUCCGCGCCCCCGGCUCCCGCCCCGCCGGUCAGGGCGCCCUCCAGAGUUCCGGCUGCGCCCCGGGGUCCGGAGCUGCUCGGGGCGAGGCACCGGGGGCUGCAGCGUUCGCAGUCCGACCUCAGCUCGCGCUACUCCGCGUCCUUGGCCGAAUUUGACACCUUCUUCCAGUACUGCGGCCUGGAGCCCGAGGUGGUGGAGGCGAUCGGGCGGGAGAACUUCUCCGCCGGGUCGGACGUCGUCGCCCUCAAGGUCCGCAGCGUGAGCGUCGCCACCUCCGACAGCGGCUUCUCCCGGCACAGCGGCGGCGACGAGGGGCUGCAGGAAGAAGAGCUCACGGAGCAGGUGCCCAGCACCACCUCGGUGGUCGAGAGGAACGCCCGCAUCAUCAAGUGGCUGUACACCUGUAAGAAGGCCAAGGAGACCCCCGGCCAGGGGCUGCAGGGCCCGGCGUGACCGCUGCGCCCCGGGAGACCCGGACCGAGGAAGCAAGCCUUCCCGACAGUGGGGACUCCUUGAAGUACGUCUGGUUGAUUGGGACCCCAGGGCCAUCCUCACUGCCAGGUUUUGUCCAGUGUACCCAGGUGUCCAUAUGAUUGCUGUUUUCCCAGGAAUAAAGCACACCAUUGAAGAAGCCUAAGCAAUUUCAGAAGGUUGGAAGCGCUAUGGAGAAGAUGGGAACAUAGAACUUGGAAAUUAGCUGAGUUAUAACUGUUAUGACACAGCUGUAGCUCUGGAAGAUAUUUUCUUGUGUUAGGUGGACCUAUCCUUGCUUCCAGAGAGCAGCAGAAGAGGGAAAAACUGCUUGGAGAUAUUUUCAAGGGCAUCUUUUUGAGUGGCUUGCUGACAAAGAGGUACAAUUAUACAUUUUGAUGAUAUCUAAAUUAAUUUUAAAAAGAAAAAAGGCAAAGAGCAUGAAAAGCAAACACGAAUGCCACGGUAUUUACUUCUUCAAUCAUAUUGGAUGGAUUGGCACCAUUUAAAUCAAAGUUCUGUGAUCAUAAGAAGUUAUAUUCUACACAAAUACUAUGGCUAACAAAGAGCAAACACAUGCUCACACUUGCAUACUCACACGUAGACCUCAAUUUCUAAGCACCACUGCACCGUAAACUACAGUGAAUUCCCAAACUGUGCAACUGAUCAUCUUAUGAAAUGAAUCAGAAAGCACUUUUAAAACCACUUGAGAGCUGCAAGGUCGUUCUGUGAACAUCACUCCUGUUGGGUUGUAGACAUGCAGAGGUACCAGUAAAAGAUAAAGAGCUGAAAUACUGCUCGGAAACCUUUUCUUGUACCUGGACAGUUCCUUGAGAGUUGGCAGAAGAAUAUUGGAGCUUCCUUCCUUCAGAUCAACAGCAGUGGUCCUCUUCUGCAGCACCGUUUAGAAUAUGGGCCUCCAUGGUUCUCUUGUUCCCAGCUUCCAAAAGGAUAAAAAGCCUCGGUUUAGACAGAACAUGGACUCAUGACAAGUGAUGUGCCCUGCUCUCUGGUCUAAUUCACACACCCACCUAUCAGGCAAUCAUUCCAAACUUGGCAACACUUCACCCUUCUCUGAAAAGGGUGUGUUUGAGACAAGGGUUAGCCUCUGGGUGUCCAUAAGGAGUUACUGUGACCCUAAAUCUGAACCAGCUCAUGGCACUCAGAGUAAAUAGAUUUCAGAUUCAGAAACUUCUGGGAGGAAUUUUGUAUCGAUGAUGACAACCCAAAGAAAACUUGUCACCUGGUCAAAGCUUACAAUGUUUUGUCAAAAUAUGUCCCUUCAAGAAUAAAAUUAUUAGAAGAAUCGGGAGGGAAGAGAAAUAGCUUUCUCAGUGGUAAAAUAUUUUAUAAACCAAUUUUGAUAUAUUCAUGUAUUUGUUUAAUAUUGUAUUCUAUUUUUGUAACUGUUUUACUGUGAGAAUAUGUCCUUGAAUUACUUAAAUAUUUAUUUUUACGUAGUUACUGGUCUUCAGAUAGUUUUCCUACACUUCGUAUGGUUUUAGUUUUUAUCAGGAUAACUUUGAAUCAUUCUCUCCUUGAUUAUCUUUUUGUGUGUUGUUUAAUUGAAUUUCCAAAUUUGACUGUAAGCAGAGUGCUCACUGCUCUAGAAAGUGCUCUGUGCUCUAGGGAUUUGUUUUUAAGUAAAACACAGAUGCGCAUUUGGGGAGGCUCUGUUGGCUGAUGGAUGUACCUCUGUCAAUGUAGUCUCUAGAAAGACAAAGAUUCCCUGCUCUAAGAAAUGUUUCCCUGUUGUUUUUUUCAAAAUGCUGCUGUUCUGCUGUUCACUGGAUUACACCUAGUUUAAAGAUAAUGUCAAAGAUGAGAGGAGUUUUCUUUAAAGGACCUUUUCAUAUAUGCAGUUCCCUUGUUUACAGGUUCCAUUAAUUUUAUAGGUGAAUGCUUUAAGUAAAAUUGUUAUGUGCCUUUCUAUUGUCAGAAUAGGAUGAACCGAAACCUAGCUCAGAUUUAUCUGAGAUCAAAAUGGUGCGGACUCUACCAUCCGUGUAAUAGAUGAAAAAGAGAAAAACAAAUUGGUUACCAUUUAAAAGCACCAAGAUCUUUGAGAAGCAUUUGCACUUCAGUGGAGGCGACUCCUGGAAGGAGCUGUCAGGAACCGGGUAUCCCCAGACCCCAGCAGGAUGGGUUAACGCUCCCUCUUGUCCGUUCAGAUUCAUGCCUAAGCUCCGGGCCUGAGUGUGUGGUUGGAGGCCAGAGGUCCUUUCCUCACUGAAUUACCCCAAUUUGCUGAGUGACUUUGAGAAAAUCAAACUGUGUAGCUCAGUCUGAAUGAAAAAGCUUGUAAUUGCUUUUCACUAUUGCGGCAAAAUAGUUUCUUUUGUUCACAAAAGAAUAGCUUCUCAGAUAAUAUGAUUAAGCACGAUGGAGAGAAAAAAUUAUUGAUACAGCAUGGAAAAUAUCUUGGUAGUAUCUAUUUCAUUAAUACAUGGGUACAGAUCAGCAAUGCCUCAGAGUGAAAGGUAUUUAUGUAACUGGAAAGCUUCCUCACUAUAUACUGAUGCAUAUAGUUUCUAAACUGCUGGUCACUGACACUGGAAUACAAAGAAGGAUUUAUCAGACGUUGCCCUUUUCAGUGGGCUACGGUGCCGUGCUGUAGUUGGUGAUUCCGUGAGAUACCAGCCCAGACAAUUGUUCUGGCUGUUUCUGAACAGAGUUCAUGUUUUCUGCACGCUACUUGCGACG